AUGACAAGUCCGGUGAAGAAAUCGAAAAAGAAAGAUGAUGUUGAUGCCAGGUGCUGCACUUUGAUCCCAGAAGGUGUAGGUGAGGACGCCCACGACAAAAUCAAGAAAUUUCUUCUUGGAGAACCUAUGUCGAACGAUCUCCGACAAGAAGCAAUGAUAUUAUUUGCAAAGGCUGUGGCGGCAGAUUCCCAAUACCAGUGCAAGCUCAAGCAAGUUUUUACUAACGGUGAUACAUCCACGGAAAGCAACAACUUGUGUCAGAAGGAGGGAUCUUCUUCUAAAGCCUCUAUGGAUCAUAAUAUGGGUUCUGACGAUCGCGACGUGACCUCGAAAGAGAGCGCGUCAACUGAGAACGAUUCACAACUGGAGUCGGCAGAAGAUCGUCAACGAAUCAAUGUUGGAUGGUUUGUUGGACCUGCUGAUGUGCCUGAGGAAUAUGACCACAAAAUAGCCGUGUACAGUCAGCGACUAGGAUGUCAAAUGUACAAUUUCAUAAGCUAUCCUGUAGGUGGGGUCAAACGCGGAUUUUGGAAACCUAGUGGCGAGUCCUACGAUCCUCCCCCUGUUGACUUGCCAGAUGUUCAGCUGCAAAAUCACUUGUGGGAAACGUAUAUCAAUGGGCAGAUCUCAUCAUGGAUAGAUUGCGAUUCGGAAGACGAGCGGUUAGCUGUUCUUUCUGAAAUUGAGCUGGUGAAGGAGCUGAAUUAUCUGGCAUACAUGGGACUGAGAAGCACAGUCAUCCGUUUGAAGCAUGCGGACUCCCCACGUCUGGCCCGGAUAUUGAAUCAGUGGCUGUGGACCAAAAAUGUAAACCUUUGCAUUUGGGUCAUGGUACCCACAUCCAUGGAUAAUCUUGAACAUACGCCAAAUGAUACUCGCGAUUGCUGGACCGUUUGGGCAGACUUCCGCAAACUAUGUUCCAAUUUUUCAAGCCAGAAGCUCAUAGCUGGACUACACAUAACACCUGAUAUUGAUGAGGAAUUUGUCGAUCAGAAGCUCAUCUCACGUUGGAAAGCUGAGCCUCUGGCCACCUUCUGCAUAGAUGUCGAUGCUUUUGUUGCUGGUGAUUUACCACAAACGCUUCGACUCCCACCGGCUCAUGCUAAUCUACUAGCGGAAUUGUGGAUGUCAGACAAUGGAAGACUAAUGGUGCGAGGUCCUGAGGAAGCUUUGACGCUGCCAAGUGUCCAGUAUCAGUGUGCGCAAGCUCUACGUGCUAUUGUGCGAAAUGCAAAUCGAACUCCUGCAGGCCUCACUUCUUCCGGAUUUCUUGUUGACGCUAACAUCAAUUAUGUCGAUGUUCUGCAGGUACCCCUGCAGCCUCUCGCUGACAACCUGGACUCAAGUGUGUACAACACUUUUGAGCAAGAUCCGAUCAAAUAUAGGCGAUAUCGCGAAGCCGUUGAAAGCGCUAUUCGAGAUUAUGGCGAGUCGUCUUCGCGACCGGAAGAGCUUGUGCUGUACGUACUUGGUGCUGGACGAGGGCCAUUGAGGGAUAGACUCCGAUUGAAAGUGUUUGUCGUAGAGAAGAAUCCGAACGCCAUCGUAACGCUGCGGUAUAUGAAUUCAAAAGUGUGGCGCAAUCGCUGCGUCAUCAUUGAAUCGGACAUGAGAAAUGUUCCCAGCAUAGCUAGAGAGAAUGACUACCCACAGCCUGACAUUAUAGUCUCUGAACUUUUGGGGUCGUUUGGCGAUAACGAACUUAGUCCAGAAUGCCUGGAUGGAGUAACAGACUUGCUAAAACCUACAACUAUCAGUAUACCUCAGAAUUAUACCAGUUACAUAGCUCCUAUAAUGUCCUUGCAUAUGCACCAGCAGAUCCGUUUAUGCAGUGCAAGUUAUUGGAACCGCGGCCUACCCGGUCAUGGCCGUAAUGGACCUACCCUGCAACCCGAUGGUAGCUAUCGGCAGUUGUAUCCACAAGGAGAAUAUUCUGCUAACAUGGAUCAGAUCUAUGUUGCUUACCUGCGACAGUACUGCUUACUCGCUGAACCCAAGCCGGUUUUCACCUUCGUCCAUCCGAACUUCUCGAAGACCAUGAAUGAGCGAAAUGCUAGCAUCGAGUUCCUCAUAGAUCGUCCUUCUGAUUUAAUGGGCUUUUCGGGCUACUUCCACAUGAAUCUCUACAAGGACAUAACAUUAUCGAUAGUACCAUCGACGUAUUCGACAGGAAUGAUCAGUUGGUUUCCAGCUGUUAUUCCUUUGAGGGAUCUCGUUCGUGUGCAGCCGGGUGAUCAAGUUGCGCUGAACAUCGAACGAAAAGUUGAUGACGGUGGAGUAUGGUACGAGUGGUUCUUACAUGUGACGGAUGUUAACGGUGAGCAUCGUGCAACGCCUCUUCAAAACAGAAACGGAGAGAGUUACUACAUGAGACUGCAAUAGCACUCGCUACCUGAGCUCAGUGGCUGUCAAUACUUCAGCUGCACUUACAGUUUAUUGUAUCAUAUUGUUGUAAUAAUUUUAUCACUUUUACAAUGCGAGUUUGCCUUUCAAUGUUGUUGAUUCUUUGUUACUGUUUGUUACCUUUGUAAUGUACAAGAGUGGAGGUCUUUAUAUUAGGGGGCACUUCCAAAUGAAGAUUCUGCAAGA